AUGGGGGAGAAUCCUGCCAAGAACCAUUAUGCACAGCUUAACCAGGGAGAGGAGAAUGAGAUGGAGAUUUUUGGCUACAAAACCCAAGGCUGCCGCAAGGCCUUGUGCAUUGCUGGAUACAUCUUGUCCUGUGGGGCUCUGCUGCUGCUGUUCUACUGGAAGCCGGAAUGGGAUGUGUGGGCAAACUGCAUCCCCUGCAGCUUGGAAGAAGCGGACAUUAUAUUGCUUAGAACAACAGAUGAAUUUCAGAUUUAUUCACGUAAGAGUGUGACAUGGAUCUCUGUGUCUGCAGUUAUCAAAAGUAAGUUGGAUUAUCCAGGCAUUGCUGAAGAAGACUCAAUCUUCAACGAAGCCUUAAUGAAGCCAAGUUUACAAGUGAAAAGUAUCCAAGUGCAGAAAAUCCGCUAUGUCUGGAAUAUCUAUGCAAAACAGUUCCAGAAAGUUGGAGCCCUAGAAGACCACCACACUUGUUCAGCUAUACAUGCCAAAUUUGGUUCUGGUCUCACCUGCAAUGAACAGAAUAUCAGGAGAGCGAUAUGUGGGCCAAACAGUAUUGAUGUUCCAGUGAUCCCUAUUUGGAAACUACUCAUCAAAGAGGUCUUGAAUCCAUUUUACGUGUUCCAGCUGUUUAGUGUGUGUCUGUGGUUUGCGGAAGAUUACAUGGAGUAUGCCACUGCCAUCAUAAUCAUGUCUCUCCUGUCAAUUUCUUUGACUGUAUACGAUCUUAGACAGCAAUCGGUUAAACUGCACAGACUGGUUGAGUCUCAUAACAACAUCAUGGUCACUGUCUGCAGAAAUAAGGAAGGUUUCCAAGAUCUGGAAUCGCAUCAUCUUGUUCCUGGAGACCUUCUGGUUUUGAAAGAGGGCAAAGCCCUUUUGCCUUGCGAUGCCAUCCUGAUCAGUGGGCAGUGCAUCGUAAAUGAAAGCAUGCUGACAGGAGAAAGUAUUCCCGUAACAAAGACCCGCUUACCCCAAGCUGAUAACAUGAAGCCCUGGAGAAUGCACUGUGCAGAGGACUACAAAAAACAUGUCCUCUUCUGUGGAACAGAGGUCAUACAGACCAAGGGAGAUGACAGAGGAGUAGCGAAAGCUGUGGUGCUGCGGACUGGUUUCAAUACAGCUAAAGGAGAUCUGGUGAGGUCCAUUCUCUACCCUAAACCCAUGAACUUCAAGCUGUACAGAGAUGCACUUCGGUUCCUGAUGUGCCUCAUAGCAUUUGCAGCCAUUGGAAUGAUCUACACAGUGUGUGUAUUUGCACUUAAUGGGGAGGAGGCUGGAGAAGUAGUGAAGAAGGCUUUGGAUGUUAUCACUAUUGCUGUCCCCCCAGCCCUGCCGGCUGCCUUGACCACAGGGAUCAUUUAUACCCAGCGGAGGCUGAAGAAAAAGGGCAUCUUCUGCAUCAGCCCACAGAGGAUCAACAUGUGCGGACAGCUGAACCUCAUCUGCUUUGACAAAACUGGCACCUUAACAGAAGAUGGCCUGGAUCUCUGGGGCUUGCUGCCCUCUGAAAGAAAUUGUUUCCAGGACAUUCACAGUUUUCCUGCAGACCACAGACUGCCUUGGGGCCCACUGUUCAGAGCAAUGGUGGUUUGUCAUUCACUAAUUGUUUGGGAGGGCAAGAUCCAAGGAGACCCACUGGAUGUGAAAAUGUUUGAGUCAACUAACUGGGUGAUAGAUGAUUCCAGCAGACAUCACACUGAAGGUCAAGGAUCCACGCAUGCCACAGUUAUUAGACCUGGACCUAAAGCCAGCAGUGCCUCUGUGGAAGGAGUUAUCAUUUUACACCAGUUUCCAUUUUCUUCAGCCUUGCAGAGAAUGUCUGUCAUUGCUCAGGAAAUUGGUGGGGAAAAACAGGUCUUCACAAAAGGGGCUCCAGAAAUGGUAGCCACAUUAUGCAGAGCAGAAACAGUCCCAUCGAACUUUGAAAGCAAGCUUCUGUUCUACACAGCGCAGGGCUUUAGGGUCAUUGGACUGGCAUGUAAGUCUCUACAGACAGGGAGGCAAUCUACUGAUCUAACAAGGGAGGAGGUGGAAUCAGAUCUGACAUUCCUAGGUCUGCUGAUAAUGGAGAAUCGACUGAAGAAAGCGACAAAGCCUGUACUAGAAGAGCUCAGUGCUGCCCACAUCAGGAGCGUUAUGGUCACAGGUGACAACAUUCAAACGGCUGUAACUGUUGCCAAAAAUGCUGGGAUGAUUUCUCCAACAAAUAGAGUGAUUCUUGUGGAAGCAAACAAAAUACCUGGGUCUUUUUUAGCAUCUGUUACCUGGAAACCACUAGAAGAAAACAAAACUGAAGAUUAUGGAAGCCUGGAAGAUGACAGUCAGACUGAAAGAAGAAUUAGGCUGGCAGUGGGAUCAGGCCAGUAUCAUUUUGCCAUGAGUGGAAAAUCUUAUCAAAUUAUAGCACAGCAUUUCAGCCACUUACUUCCAAAGCUUCUGCUGAAUGGAACAGUUUUUGCUAGAAUGUCUCCUGGUCAGAAAUCCAGCCUUGUAGAAGAGUUUCAAAAGUUGGAUUACUUUGUGGGCAUGUGUGGAGAUGGAGCCAAUGACUGCGGGGCUUUGAAAGUGGCGCAUGCAGGGAUAUCGCUGUCAGAGCAGGAGGCAUCUGUAGCUUCACCUUUCACAUCCCAAACCCCCAGCAUAGCAUGUGUGCCAGAGCUAAUCAGGGAAGGUCGUGCUGCCCUGGUCACUUCCUUCUGCAUGUUCAAGUACAUGGCACUGUACAGCACCAUUCAGUACCUUGGUGUCCUCCUACUGUACUGGCAACUAAACACCUUUGGGAAUUACCAAUUUUUGUUCCAAGAUCUGGCUAUUACUACUGUAAUUGGUGUGACAAUGAGUUUCACAGAUGCCUACCCAAAGCUGGUUCCCUACAGGCCUCCUAGCCAACUCAUCUCACCCCCAUUGCUGCUGUCUGUUGUACUUAACAUCCUCUUCAGCCUCAGCAUGCAGAUUUUUGGAUUUGUGAUGGUGCAGAAGCAGCCCUGGUAUUCCAAGACGGAUAUACACAGCGCCUGCCUCUCAGUAGACAGCCACAUGGAGAAUUCUUCCUCUGUUUCCAGCCUGGGCCUCCAUGGGAUGGGAGAUGGAGCCCUUAAUGAAGCAGACAAUGGCUACAAGAGCUAUGAAAACACCACAGUGUGGCUACUGAGUACCAUCAACUGCCUCAUUGUUGCUCUAGUGUUUUCUAAGGGAAGGCCUUUUAGGAAACCUAUCUACACAAACUAUGUGUUCAUACUGGUGCUCACGGGGCAGCUGGGUGUUUGCCUCUUUCUGGUGUUUGCUGAUAUCGAUGAUCUCUACUCUAAGAUGGAUCUUGUUUGCACCCCCACCACCUGGCGGAUCUCCAUGGUGAUAAUGCUUGCAGUCACACUCGCCGUGUCCUUUCUUGUCGAGGAAGCUGUCAUUGAGAACAGAGCCUUGUGGCUGCUGCUGAAAAAGACUUUCCGGUACCACUCAAAGAGCCAUUACAAGAGGCUGCAGCGGGUGUUAGAGCAGGACUCAUCCUGGCCACCUCUGAAUGAAACCUUCUUCUCAGAUUCUGUGGCAAUAUCAGUAGAGGAAAAUAUGGGAGGCCAUAGCAAUCCAACAUUUGACAGCAAUGAGGACACACUCUGA